AUGUGUUUCGGUAGUCGCGACAAGGGCGAUGCCGGCGCCGCCCGCUCGCGCGACAUCGACAAGCAGCUCCGCGUGGACGAGAAGAAGAUGAGCAAGGAAGUCAAGUUGCUACUGCUCGGAGCUGGCGAAUCCGGAAAAUCAACCGUUCUCAAGCAAAUGAAGCUCAUCUACGCUCAGGGAUUCAGCAAGAAUGAGAAGCUCGAGUGGAAGCCGGUUAUUUUCAGCAACAUUGUGCAUUCCUUCAAAACGAUACACGAGGCCAUGGUUGAACUCAAUAUCCAAUUCGAGGGUCCCGAGAACGAGAAAAACAUGUCUCUUGUCUUGGUCGAACGCGAGAUCAGUGCCCAAGAGCAGAUGCCUCUGGAGUUUCUGGAGCCCAUAAAGGCACUGUGGUCCGAUGGCGGCGUGAAGGCUGCGAUAGCAAAAGGCAAUGAAUAUGCCCUGCACGACAAUCUGGCAUACUUUGUGGAAGAGAUUGACCGUAUUUGGGCGCAAGACUACGUUCCAAACGACCAAGAUCUGCUACGCUCGCGACUAAGGACGACCGGCAUCACAGAAACCAUCUUCGACCUGGGGCAGCUUACGUAUCGAAUGUUUGAUGUUGGCGGCCAACGUUCAGAACGAAAGAAGUGGAUCCAUUGCUUCGAGAACGUCAACUGCUUGCUGUUCUUGGUCGCGAUCAGUGGCUACGAUCAAUGUCUCGUGGAGGAUAAGGAUGGUAACCAAAUGAACGAAGCCCUCAUGCUCUGGGAAUCUAUCGCCAACUCUCACUGGUUCACCAAGUCUGCCCUUAUUCUCUUCCUCAACAAAAUGGAUCUUUUCCGCGAGAAGUUGCCAAAGAGUCCCAUCACCAACUUUGGCUUCACCGACUACCACGGUCCGGAAGAUGACUACAAGGCCGCGAGCAAAUACUUUCUGGACAAGUUCCGCGCACUCAACCGGAACACGGAGAAGGAAAUUUACGGCCAUUUCACAAACGCAACCGAUACGAAUCUUUUGAAAAUCACAAUGGGCUCGGUGCAGGAUAUGAUCAUCCAGCGCAAUCUGAAGCAGUUGAUACUGUAA